GUAUAAAUAAUUUUGGGAAUUGUAUUAGUUGAUCGAAAAAUCAAGGAUUUUGGCCGGAAAAUCAGAAAUUUCGCCGGAAAAUGGAAAGAAGAAGUGGGUAUUGUUUAUCAGUUAUAAUGUUAGUGUUUGGAGUGGUUUUCUUGCAUUGUUUGGUGAUGACGUCAUUUGCCGCUAGUGUGACGUAUGAUCACCGGGCAUUGAUUAUUGACGGAAAGAGAAGAGUUUUGAUAUCCGGUUCAAUACAUUAUCCUCGGAGUACUCCUGAUAUGUGGCCAGACCUUAUACAGAAAUCAAAAGAUGGAGGAUUGGAUGUUAUAGAGACUUAUGUUUUCUGGAACCUUCAUGAACCUGUUCGAAAUCAGUAUGAUUUUGAAGGAAGGAAAGAUUUGAUUAAUUUUGUGAAGUUGGUGGAGAAAGCUGGCUUAUUUGUUCAUGUAAGGAUUGGGCCUUAUGUUUGUGCAGAAUGGAACUAUGGUGGGUUUCCUCUUUGGUUGCAUUUCAUUCCUGGAAUUGAAUUUCGAACGGACAAUGAACCAUUCAAGGCAGAAAUGAAGCGAUUCACGACUAAAAUUGUUGACAUGAUCAAGCAAGAAAAUCUUUUUGCAUCCCAAGGUGGGCCGGUUAUCUUGUCUCAGAUAGAAAAUGAGUAUGGCAAUGGUGAUAUUGAGUCUCGUUAUGGUCCUCGUGCCAAACCUUACGUGAACUGGGCAGCAUCAAUGGCUACGGCUUUGGAUACAGGAGUGCCAUGGGUUAUGUGUCAGCAACCAGAUGCCCCUCCUUCCGUUAUUAACACUUGCAAUGGAUUUUAUUGUGACCAAUUCAAGCAAAAUUCCGAUAAAACACCCAAGAUGUGGACUGAGAAUUGGACCGGAUGGUUUCUGUCUUUUGGUGGUCCUGUCCCUUACAGACCUGUGGAAGACAUUGCUUUUGCUGUGGCUCGAUUUUUCCAGCGAGGCGGAACCUUCCAGAACUAUUACAUGUACCACGGGGGAACUAACUUUGGCCGAACCAGUGGUGGACCGUUUAUUGCAACUAGCUAUGACUAUGAUGCUCCUUUAGAUGAGUACGGGCUUAUAAGACAACCAAAAUGGGGUCACUUGAAAGAUCUCCAUAAAGCCAUAAAGCUUUGUGAGGCUGCAAUGGUGGCAACUGAACCAAACAUCACUUCUCUGGGCUCUACUAUAGAGGCCAGUAUUUAUAAAACUGACUCACAGUGUUCUGCAUUUCUCGCCAAUACUGCUACGCAAUCUGAUGCGGCUGUGAGCUUCAAUGGAAACUCAUAUCAUUUACCUCCAUGGUCCGUCAGCAUUUUACCUGACUGCAAGAAUGUUGCUUUUAAUACUGCAAAGAUUAAUUCUGUAUCAACCAUCUCAACAUUUGUUACUCAGUCUUCGGAAGCUGAUGCAUCUGGCGCAUCCCUAUCAGGUUGGACUUCAGUUAAUGAGCCUGUAGGCAUCUCAAGUGAAAAUGCAUUCACAAGAAUGGGGUUGGUGGAACAGAUAAAUACUACAGCUGAUAAAAGCGAUUAUCUCUGGUACUCCCUGAGUGUCAAUAUAAAAAAUGAUGAGCCUUUCCUUCAAGAUGGAUCCGCAACGGUACUUCAUGUGAAAACACUUGGCCAUGUUCUUCAUGCUUUCAUUAAUGGAAAGCUAUCAGGAAGUGGAAAAGGAAACAGUGGACAUUCUAACUUUACGAUUGAAGUUCCAGUCACCCUUGUGCCUGGAGUAAACAAAAUCGACCUGUUGAGUGCGACUGUGGGACUUCAGAACUACGGAGCAUUCUUUGAUCUCAAGGGAGCAGGGAUUACCGGUCCAGUGCAAUUGAAAGGUUUCAAAAAUGGCUCUACUACUGAUCUUUCAUCGAAGCAGUGGACAUAUCAGGUUGGAUUGAAAGGAGAAGAAAUGGGCUUAUCUAGUGGAGGUUCUACACUUUGGAAGUCACAAACUGAAUUGCCUACAAACCAACCAUUAAUAUGGUAUAAGGCAAGUUUUGAUGCUCCUGCUGGUGAUACCCCUCUUUCGAUGGAUUUUACUGGAAUGGGGAAGGGUGAGGCAUGGGUGAAUGGGCAAAGCAUUGGUCGAUUUUGGCCUACCUAUACUGCACCAAAUAACGGUUGUACUGACACCUGCAAUUAUAGAGGAGGAUACAAUGCUAACAAAUGUCUCAAAAAUUGUGGAAAACCAUCCCAACUGCUAUACCAUGUUCCUCGUUCAUGGCUGAAAUCCAGUGGAAAUGUCUUAGUGUUGUUUGAGGAAAUGGGUGGGGAUCCUACGAAGCUGUCUUUUGCAACAAGAGAGAUACAAAGUGUAUGCUCAAGAAUAUCUGAGGCUCAUCCACUUCCUAUUGAUAUGUGGGCUUCGGAAGACGAUGCACGAAACAAAUCAGGGCCAACUCUAUCUCUUGAGUGCCCUCAUCCUAAUCAAGUCAUCUCUUCAAUCAAAUUUGCAAGCUUUGGCACUCCUCAAGGAACAUGCGGGAGCUUUAUCCAUGGUCGAUGCAGUAGCAGCAAUGCUCUUUCAAUUGUAAAGAAGGCUUGCAUUGGCUCAAAAAGCUGUAGUCUUGGAGUUUCAAUAAAUGUAUUUGGUGAGCCAUGUAAAGGAGUCGCAAAAAGUUUAGCUGUAGAAGCUUCCUGUACAUGAUGCCUCACGGAACUAAUGGACCGAGAAGGCACAUUCCUAAGUAUAAGAGUGGUAGAAGGUCAGAUAAACUAUUACUAAGUUACAGCUUCAGAAAGAUAGUGUUUAGCUACUUGUACGUCUCGGAGAGGAAGAACACUUUGGCUUCCCUCACCAAUUUGAUGAGAUAUAAUAAAAGAAAAAAAGCUUCAAUA